AUGCAAAGAGAACGCACCAACGGCAACCUCAGUGAGAAGAAUGAUGAGAAGGAUGAGGGCGAAGACAAAGAGGAAAAGGAUCCCAACCUGGUUGACUGGGACGGCCCCGACGACCCAGGCAACCCAAUGAACUUCCCCGAGUGGAAGAAAUGGAUAAUCACAGUCGUCGCUGGUUUGAUGACAUUCUCCGUGACCUUCGCCUCGUCCGUGUUCAGUACUGCAACAACUCCUACCUCGCAAUUGUUCGGUGUCAGUGAGGAGGUCAUGAUUUUAGGAACCUCCUUGUUCGUUCUUGGUUUUGCAUUUGGACCAAUUGUCUGGAGUCCCUUCUCGGAGCUGUAUGGUCGCAAGAUUCCUCUCUUCACAGGAUUCUUCAUAUUCGCUAUCUUUCAGAUUCCCGUUGCGGUUGCCCAGAAUGUUUACACAAUCUUCAUCUGUAGGUUCUUUGGAGGUUUCGCAGCAUCGGCUCCCCUUGGAAUUGUUGGAGGUUUACUUGCAGAUAUCUUUGGACCAGUCGAUCGCGGUAUUGCAGUCGCUGUUUUCGCAUCGGCAACUUUCAUCGGCCCCGUGGCGGGUCCUAUUGUUGGAGGCUUCAUUACUAUGAGCUACCUUGGUUGGAGAUGGACUGCUUGGAUCACAUUGAUCAUGGCGGCGUUCUUUGGUAUCAUCGGAUUCCUCCUCAUCCCUGAGACUCUCGCUCCCGUUCUGCUGUCUCGCAGAGCAAAGAAGAUUCGCUUUGCCACAAAGAACUGGGCCAUCCAUGCCAAGGCUGAUGAGAACGAGGUCGACCUCAAGGAUCUCGCACACCGCUACCUACUGAAGCCUUUCCAAAUGCUGGCCAUGGAACCUAUCCUAGUUGCAGUGACGCUUUACAUGGGAUUUAUUUAUGGAUUCCUGUACCUCUGUUUCGAGGCAUAUCCCAUUGCCUUCCAACAGGAACGUGGUUGGAAUGCUGGAGUUGGUGCUUUGCCUUUUGCAGCCAUCAUCGUCGGAGUCGCCUUUGGAUCGUGCUUCAUCGCUUACUUCACCAAGACGAGGUUUGCCAGAAAGAUGGAAGAGACUGGCGAUGUGGUGCCAGAGGAACGAAUGAUCCCCAUGAUCGUUGGUGGUGCUAUUCUGCCCAUUGGCAUGUUCUGGUUCGCCUGGACUUCAAACCCAAACAUUAUCUGGGUGCCUGAAGUUAUUUCUGGCAGCUUUAUCGGCGGUGGUAUUCUGCUUAUUUUCUUGCAAGGAUUGAAUUAUAUCAUCGACGUCUACAAAGCCAACGCCAACUCAGCAAUUGCUGCAAACACUUUCUUCCGUUCAUGGUUGGGAGCUGGCUUCCCUAUGUUCGCGACCUACAUGUUCGAUAACCUUGGAGUUCCAUGGGCCAUGUCCCUGCUGGGUUUCCUUACACUGGCCCUGUUCCCUGUUCCAAUCCUGUUCUUCUUCUACGGAAGUAAGAUCCGUAAGAUGAGCAAAUUCACGAUGUAA